AUGAUGUUAACGCUUUCCUUUGCGGUACUGUGUAGCGUUCCGAAGUUUUUCUCCUCGACUCAAAGUGUUGGUUUCACUGAUUGGACGUCGUUUGCUUUGACUCAACGCAAGACUUUUCUCGACACACUACCGAGCUUCGUGUUUGCACGUGGCCAAGGAGACCCUAACAUUUCACAUGCGGAGUCGAUCGAUGAAUCUGAUUUCAGCGAGGAAACCGCCCAAUUAAUACAAGAUGGAAUUGUUUUUUCCCCGAGCCAGUUCGACUUCGAUGCAGCGUAUGACAAAGCUAAAAAGGCCAGCGAGAAACAUGUGAUCUGGGAUAUAUAUCAUGUGGAUCAAAAGAUGCUGGGGCAGAAGCUGCGGGAGAGCAUGGAGAAAUACAUAUUUGACGCCUAUCUUGCCCUGCGUCGAAGUGAGCCCGAGCUACGGCAAAUACCUAUCAUCGGGAACGCUCGACUGAUCCAUUUCCUUCGGAGUCUCCUGACGCGGAGACGUAUCAAGACUACUAAGACUGACGAAGAACUCAGCAGAAUCUUCCCAGAAAGGCCCCGGCUGUUCCCGUGGAUACCAGAUAUUCCUGUCCGUGACUCACAGGCAGAGAACCACGACGAGCUUUGA